AUGCUCAAAUAGCAACCCUAAUCAGCGAAGAGUGGAAAUGCUAUCAAACAAAAAAAAGAAACACUAGAAAGAUUUGCUUAUUGUAAUAGUUAAUAAUUGUUCUAAAAUAAUAUUUUUGAUUUGAGGUAAUUUAUAAAAUAGAAUUACGAAAAAUAUUGUGAAUUAUUGGAGAGAGUUGAAAGUACUAAAUUAGUUGUGAAAUCAAAAAAAGAGAUCUUGGAAUAGUUGAGGAACAAAUUUGAGCAAAAAUCAAAUAAACCAAGAGCCAAUCUUUGUGUAUUGGAUGAACUAUCGUAAUUAAAAAGAUAGAUAGAAAUUAAACAAUCUGCAAACAAUGAGUUGAAAUCCUAAUUAGAAUAAAUGAAUUAAUGGACUAAAAAACAGGACUUCUUUUAAGAAUAUUAAGAAAUUUGUAAAUAAGUUGACGAUUUAAGAAUAUAAAAUGAUUAAUUAUUAAAAGCAUGA